CAAUUAGUAUAAAAUUAGUGCUUGGAUUGAAUCAAACAGAGAAUAUGCAUUUAAUGAAAAAAUAAUAUUUUGAUGUCAUCAUUUAAUUACGAAAGAACGAGUCUGUUUCAGAAAUAUUAAAAAAACACCGAAUUACCGAACCGCAAUGUCAAAUUGUUUGCUUUGCUGUCAAAAUUCCAAUUAACCCAAUAAUUGCCUGACGUGUCGCUUACAAUAUUUUGAACUGGGAUUUUUCAAAAAACAUCACAAUGUUCUUAUGUUAAAAUUUAUCCACUAAGCAGGUUGAAAGAAGAAUCACUAUAAAGCAAGAUGAACUUUUUAAAAAGUGGCAUAAAAACCGUGCUGGGAGCGCCGGAGCCUGGCCAGCAACCUUCCGUCGCUGAAACGGUGGAACGUUUAGUUGAGCGAGCAAGCAAUUCAACAUUGCUAGAAGAUCGGCGAGAUGCUUGCAGAGCCCUGAAAGCACUAUCAAGGAAGUACCGACUUGAAGUUGGUGCUCAAGGCCUAGAUACUCUAAGACAGAUUCUUGAACUGGACAGAGCAGACAAUGAAACAAUAAACUAUGCAUUGGACACACUCAACAACAUUGUGUCACCAUCACAAUUUGAAGAAGAAGAAGACAAACCUAACAUACCCAUGAAUAUUGGUGACCAGUUCACAGAAAUGUUUAUAAAGGAUCCCCACAACAUACAACUAGUAUUAGACUUACUGGACGAACAUGAUUUUAGAGUUAGAUUAUCCACUGUACAACUGUUAAUAUCAUUGUUAACAAAUAGAACUAAAGAUAUACAGGAGAUUAUUCUAGACAAACCUAUGGGCGUUUCUAAAAUGAUGGAUCUUCUAGGCGACACUAGAGAAGUUAUACGAAAUGAGACUUUACUUUUAUUGAUAAAGCUAACAAAAGGCAAUGCGAAUAUUCAAAAAAUUGUGGCUUUCGAAAAUGCUUUCGAUAGACUUUUCGAAAUAGUAUCCAGUGAGGGAUAUUCAGACGGAGGUAUCAUUGUCGAAGACUGUCUGUUACUCAUGUUGAAUUUGCUGAAAAAUAACAGCAGUAACAUUAACUUUUUCAAAGAGGGUAGUUAUAUACAGAAAAUGUUACCCAUGUUCAACAUUCCAGAAGAAUCAGAAGAGGUUGGUUGGUCCCCACAGAAAGUGUCCAACGUGCAUUGUAUGUUGCAGUUAGUACGGACUCUAGUGUCCCCAAGUAAUUCUGCACAAAUAAUAUCCAAUUGUCAGAAGAUUAUGAAGAAUGUGGGUCUUUUAGAUGCUUUGUGUAAUAUUUUAAUGGCGAGCGGAGUUCCUGCUGAUAUUCUGACAGAGACAAUAAACUCAGUUGGUGAGGUGGUGAGAGGGGACGCCAGCAAUCAGGAAUUCAUUGGGAACGUGAUAGCGCCGUCUUAUCCGCCGCGACCGGCUAUUAUUGUGCUUUUGAUGUCUAUGGUUAAUGAGAAACAGCCAUUUUCACUAAGAUGUGCAGUUCUCUACUGCUUCCAAUGCUACCUGUACCAGAACGAGGUGAGCCAAGCGAGCCUCGUCCAAACUCUCCUGCCGUCCUCAUCUGAUGUAUCCAACCUGACGAGUGGCCAGAUCCUCUGCGGAGGUCUCUUCUCAUCGGACGUGUUGUCCAACUGGUUCUCGGCAGUGGCGCUGAUGCACGCUCUGAUAGACAACACAACACAAAAGGAGCAGUUGUUGAGGGUGUUGUUGGCAACCAACAUCGGCAGCAACCCUGUGUCGUUGUUGCAUCAGUGCACUACGUUGUUGCAACAGACAACAAAGUUGCAAUCUAAAGUGGCGCUGCUGAUGCUGCUGUCUCAGUGGAUGAGCAGUUGUCCGGCGGCUGUUAGCGCUUUCCUGCAGGUGCCCGGCGGCGUUGGAUACCUCGUCAACCAGACCUGCUCCAACGAGCACGACGAUAACGAGUAUCUCCUGCAAGGCAUGUCCGCAUUCCUGCUGGCCAUCUGCAUCAACUUCAACGACGACUCGGUGCAGACGUACAGCAAGGAGUCGCUGAAGCAGCUCCUGGUGAAGCGCAUCGGCGUCGAGGUGUUCACCGCCAAGCUCAGCGAGGUGUGCAAGCACGAGCUGUACAACAAGGCGGCGAAGCACCCGCAGCUGCGCGUGGGCUGUCCGGUCGACGUGCUCAUCGACUACGAGUUCUGCAGACUGUUCAAGAGCUUGGAAGGCGUGCUGAGUCAGAGCCUGGAGACGCGCGCGGUGAACGGCGGCGGCGCGGGGGAGGCGGACCUGGAGCAGUACAAGGCGCUCAUCCGCCAGCAGGACGCGCGGCUCCACGAGCUGGUGCAUCAGCUGGACGCGCUGGCGCAGCAGGCGCAGGGCCUGCAGAGUGCUCUGAACGACUCCCUCGCAGCAAAUUCACUACUCAAAGAUGAAAACACAUUACUAAAAGCCCAAGUAUCCGCCAAUUCAAUACCAACCACGCAACCCGCGGCAACCCAGCCACCUCUACCUGACCCAAAACUUGGAGAAUACGAAGAACGGAUAGAACAAUUAAAUGAUGAAGUGACAAGGUUGAACGGAGAAAUGACGAGGUUGAAUGAAGAAGUGAGUAGAUUGAAAGGAGAACUGAAAGCAGCGAAAGAUGAAGAGAAGAACAGCGCAGAGGAGAUGGAGAAGCUGAAGAAAGAUCAGGACGAUCUGCUGUAUUUGCUUGCUAAUUAUGAUUCAAAAACUAACGAAUACAAACUGCGCCUUCUACAAUUGGGCGAGAAGGUGGAGGACGACGAGCCGACGGACGAAGAGAACCUGACGUAGUGUUACCGUGUGUACUAUACUUUAAUCGAAUAUAUUUAUUUUACAAUUAAUUAUUAUAGCUAAUUGUACCAAACUACCCUGUAAUGCCAGAGUUGGAUUUUAAGGGUACAGGCGCAUGAGGUUUCAUAUAAUAUAGUAGCUGAUGCCGCGCGGUUUCACCCGCGUGGUUCCCGUUCCCGUAGGAAUACGGGUAUAAUAUAUAGCCUAUAGCCUUCCUCGAUAAAUGGGCUAUCUAACACUGAAAGAAUUUUUCAAAUCGGACCUGUAGUUCCUGAGAUUAGCGCGUUCAAUCAAACAAACAAACUCUUCAGCUUUAUAAUAUUAGUAUAGAUGCCUCAAGCUAGGCGCAGGAUUCUUAGGAUUCUUUCAAUAGGAAAUAUGCAUGUAAUUCGAAUUAAGCUCAGAUAUUUUUCUAUGUAUUCCUUAUCGGUCAAUACUCAUCGUUAUCGACCCAUAUUCGACUCACUGUUGAGCACGAGUCUCCUCUCAUAAUAAGAAGAUUUACGCUAAUAGUCCACCACGCUGGCCCAAUAAUGCUUUUUCUUCACUGUUUUAUACGUGAUAUUUAAUUUCUUAAAAUGUAUACAACUGAAAAGUUGGAGGUGCAUGCCCCGGACUAGAUUCGAACCUAGGCCCACCGAAUCGAAGGCGUAUUCAUAUCCACUUAGCUACCAAGUCUCAUUCAUAUUGACUACAAUACUUUACUUUACUAAGUUUGAAUUUUGGAUUUAAGUUAAUAAUUGUGUAAAAUGCCCGGGAAAUUCAAUAAUAAUGAAUUGACUGUAUCAUUAUUAUCGCUAUUGGUAGCAGACCAAUAGCAAAUGUAUUACUAUAUAUAAAAAUCAAGUAACGUAAUUUUUCACGACAGCAAGUUCAAACAACCAACAGAAGUGGCUUGACAUUUGUGACGUCAUAGUUCACAUUCGUUUAACGCGCUAAAAUGGUGUUUAUGCUUAAAAUAUGCCCUAUAUUUUCUAUUUUGCAAAAUAUAAUAUUGUUUUAUUUGGAAUUUCACUUUCAUCAUGAUUGGUUUUGUUUUCAAAAAUCAAUUAAAAAUAUAAAAAUUACAUGCAUAUCACCUAUUACUUUCUUUAUCAGGAAUUCAGGACAGAGGAAAAGGGACUUUAAAAAUUUCCGUCUUCGUUGAUAACACUCCCAUGAUAUGCAGGCGACGGGGGGAAAGUGUGAAAUCGUGCGUGCGGGGAAGUGACGUGCAUUUUUCAUUAAGUCGUAGGUUUUUUAAUCAUCGCUACACGCCCCCCGCCCCGCGCUAAACAUCGGGAGUGUUACGAACGAACUUGCCAAGCAAUAGGAACCUGCCAGCUAGAAUCUUAAAAUAAACAACGCAUUUUGUUUUAUAAAUAAUUCCAAUAUAUUUAAAAUAAAUAUCUUUAUUAUGAUUUUAAUUGAAAUGGAGUGUUAAUUUUUGUAUUACUGAGAUGUUUAUUUUGUAAUGUUAUUCAGCUUCUAGUCCUAAGAAUUGUAAUGUUAUUAUUUUUUAAAUGAAUCUUCGAAAAUGUUAAUUGAAUUAAUAAAUGAUAAGUUCAAUGUGUUGAGAA